UUAGAAUGGAAAAUGGAAAAUGAACAGCGAACAAAGAAAAAAGUACAAAUUUUGUUUUCCAUAGCCCACGCAAAACAUGCGCAAACAAAACGCACACCGGUCGUCGUUUCCUGCGCGGUGCAAAAUCAAUUUCGCCGAUGGAAAACCUACCGUCAUCGCUGGUAGUAGAAAUUCUGACUCGACUAAACGACUCAUCCGAUCUAGCACGAUGCAGGGUCGUUUCAAAUACCUUAAACGCAGCGUCGUUCGAGGUCCGUUCGUUGACCCUACUCUGUUCCAUGUCACGUUACCUCAAAUCACGGUCACCGGAAACCAAACACCUCAUCACACCUUUCAAGACCGUUUUGAAGGAACUCGUUCACCGUUCUCACAAUCUCGAAUCCGUAUCUCUCGGUGUUGAUCGCUCUCUCGGCGGAAUCUCCUUCGAUGAUGUUGAAGAUGAAUCCGAUGAUCUUCACCUCACUGAUUUCAAUUUCAUUCAAGAUUGGCUUCCCUCUCUUUCUCAUUCUAUCAAGUCACUCUCUGUUUCUGAUUUUUGGGUUCAAUCUUGCUGGAGACGUUCCCAAGCCUUGUCCCUCAUCUCUUCCACUUGCCGUGGUCUGGUGCAAUUGGUGGUUAGGAACGCCUGGUUAUCCGUGGAUGGUUUGUGUUUGAUGCCAACGCUGACCAAUUUGACUCUUGAGUUUGUUCGAUUGGAUGAUGAGGAUCUGAACAUGAUCAAUACUUGUUUCCCUAAUCUUACUCAACUUAAUCUUAUUGGAGUUGGAGGACUUAAAGAGCCUAAGAUUAAUCUCUCACACCUUAAAAAUUGUGAAUGGUCGGUUUCCAAUGCUCCUCUUUCUUUGAUUAUAUCUGCACCUAGUCUUGUUGAUUUUAAUCUCAAGUGCAUUAAGCCUAGGUUGAUUUUCCUUGAAGCGCCUUCCUUGUCCAAUUUCAAUCUCUCCCUUGAGAACACUGACGAGCUAGUUUUGAAAAAUUGUGGCAACAUACAAUGCCUCCAGCUUGCGGUGGAAUACCUCUCUUCUGAUUUCCUUUUAAGCAUGUUUCCUCGUUGUGUAGCGGUAGAAAGGCUUAGCUUAGAUUUUGUGAGAAGAACACGGAGAGUUCAAGUUGAUCAAAUGGGAGAGUUUGGCCUUGAUAUAUUGUUGAAUUAUUUUCCCAGCAUAAGAUAUCUUAGUUUAGGUUCUGGAGCAUGGCGUGUGAUGGAGAGUUCUUUCCGCAUAAAAAGUUUGGAAAAUGGGGUUGGGAUGAAAACAUUGAGAGAGCUUGUUGCACAUAUUGUUGUCCUUGAUAUUGAGUUUUCUCUUGCAUUUAUUUUCUCUGUUUUGGAUAAGUGCACCCAAUUGAGAGACAUUUCUCUACUCAUUCACGGUGAUGUUGAUCCUCGUGUCGCCGGAAACCUCAUCUCCACAUGUAGAAGCAAAUUCUCUGGAGUUAGAUGGAGAUGGGGAAUAUGGAAAGAAGGAAUCAUGAAUACUUGGGUUUCUGACGGCAUCUAGUUCGCUACUGGUUUAUCUAAGAAAAAAGGUGGGUCAGUCUUUGAUAUGUUGUAGGUCUACAAUACAAAUUGCGUUACUGUUAGGAGCAGGACAUUCAAUGUUAUUGAAUAAAUUGUAGUGAAGCAGCUUCAUGGAGUAAGAGUAAGCUUCAUAUGUUAAAACAUAAAAAAAUACUACUACAAGCCAUUUCGGAAGUGUAUUGCGAAGUAAGGAAACCAGAUAAACCUGGAUUGUUGUUGGUUCUGUUUUGUAGAUUUGUGUAAAAUAUCAUAUGAUAAUAUAGUUAAUAAUCUUGAAUAGAUUUGUGUAAAAUAACCUUGUGGAUAGAUUUUUUUUCCCCACUUCUGUAUAUUUGUAUAUAGGUCUUUGUACUGAUCACGAUCACCGCUCACUUGUUGUGAACAUAUGUAUAUUCUUGUAUAUUUGGAGAUUUAUUGUAAUAAAAAUGUGUAUUUUUGAAGCA